CUUAAACAGAGUAUCUAAGUUAAGUUAACAUAUUAAAAAAAUUCUAAUGUAAAUUUAUAUAAUCAUCUUCAUUUUAUUGGAUCCAAAAAUCUUCCUCAAAUAUAAACCCAAAAUCCUUUUUCUUUGUUUUGGUAAAAUAAGUAAACCCAAAAUCUUCCCAAAUCAAUCAAAGCGAGAAAGAGCUAUGGGUGCAAGCAAUCACGAUAACGAUUUCAAUUCUACGACAAACUGGAAACUCGUCGACGGUACACUCAUAGACGCCAUCUCAUUUGAAUCCUCCUUCACUGCAAACCCCGAAUCUGACGACGGAAUCAUCUCUGCCGCCGUCGAUCAUGUAACCAAAUCCCCGUUACUUCUUCUCCCUCCGGUUCCCAACGGCGAGCCUUGUGAAAUUACAAUUACAUUUGCACAAGAACAUGAAUUAAGGCAAAUCUACAUCCGAAGUAGUGCACGAGUAUACGAAGUGUAUUACACGAAAAAGCGACGACAUGAUAAGGAAUAUCUGUGUACUGUUCGAUGUGGUGUUGCAAUUAGAGAUGAAGAAGUGCUUCAGAUCCCUCUUACAGAGUCAGCUGAUUCUAAACCAGUAAAGGAUUUGAUCGAGAGGAAGGUUGCAGAUAAUGGUAAUGGACGGACGAGCGAAGAUGAUUGGGUUGAAGUGAAAGCUAGUGAUGAUUCUCUGUUGAAUAAUGAAAAACAGGAUUUUUAUGAAGCUACUGCGGAGAUCAAUGAUGCGGAACCUUGCACUUCGAUUACAGUUCGUCUCCUCUCCCUUCAGGAUAAAAGAUGUGCACUUGUAGAUGAAGUUUAUGUAUUUGCUGAUCCUGUUGAUCCAAGUGAGUCAGAGAAGGAAGAAGCAACUGGAACAGGAAAUUCAUCUAGUAGUUCGUUGAUGGCUAUGUUUAUGCCUGCUCUUUUGCAGCUAUCUCGAGGAAAAGAUGUCAGAAAAGAACGGGAUAUACAAGUUUCCGACAAGUCCAACAGUACAGAUCCAGUAGCUAUAGGAAAUACUGAUCAGAUAGGAGUGAGCUCACCAGUUUUAGUUGAUACUGUUGCAAAGCAGGUUGAUGCAGCAACACGAGUAUCUGGAGCAGAAAGCAAGCCUGCUAUACCUUGCAAUAAUGUGGAGACUAUUCUGAAUCAGCUUGUUAACAAGGUAAGUAUGAUAGAAACUAUCUUGAUAAGAUUUGAAGAUCAGAUGUUGAAACCUAUUAAUAGUAUUGAUGCAAGGCUCCAGUUAGUUGAGAAGAAACUCGAACAGCUAGGAAAGAAAUCAUUUGAAUCUGAUUUGGGUUUUCGAACGAAAAUACCCAAUCAAGAUUCUCUGCGCAGUGAUACUGAUAAAACUCCUGAUACCGAUGAGAGUGAUGGAUUGACUAAAAACACGGAUGUAGUUCCUGACUCCUCUAGUAUAGACAACAGUGAAGAUUGUGCUGUUGUACUACCGAAGAACAGGCUUGAUAAUAUUCUUUCAAAGUCUGUGGAACUGGAGAGUGAAAAUAGCUCAAUCUCAGGGAAUGAGAUGAUUUCUGCUGAACCUGAGAUCAGUAAUGAGGAGGUUGGUCAUUCAUUUGAAGAGAAACCAAAACAUUCGUUGUCUAUAAAUGAUGCUUUAGCAUCUGCACUUGCUGGGUUAUUGUCUUCACAUUCGAUCACCGAUGGAAAAUACAGUCAAGCCCUCGUAAUUACAGCCCCAGAAUUUUCAAGUGAAGAUGAUGUGGAGAUAGAAGAGAAACCUGGGACGAGUGCCCAUCCAGACGAUAGCCAAGUUGCAGCAGAGGAGUCUGAAAACAGGUACUCUUCUUCCUUGGAGAGCUCUACUUCGUCACAGAAAGAGCCCGGAAUUACUCCAGACGAUUCUCAUGGAACGAUGUAUGGAGUUUUUAAAAAACUGGAUGAUAGUUUUGGAGGAGAUGAGGAAGCUGAGACUGUGGUUAGCGUCAGCGACAAUGCUUUAGAUGAAGAGACGGUAACAUCAAGCACAAAAGCUGAUUGUUACACAGAAAGGGAAAACCUCAGUUAUAAACCCACGGAACCUGAUUCCCUGAUUCACGAGCUCGAGAGUUCAAAUGUAACUACCGCAAAAUGCAAAGGAGAGCCUUCAAUGGAUGAUGUCUUGAAGAGUGUUCUAGGUUUUCAACCGACUACUUCUUCGGUCGAUUUCCUAACACCAGUCCUGGAUGUGAAAUUUAAUUUAGAGAAUAAAGACUCAGACAGCAAGUAUUUCUUUGAGGUACUCUUCACAGAAGAAUCGAAAACUUAUGUAGAUUGCAAGAACGAUGUUUUUGAUGAUAACUUAGUCUCAGUGGAAGAUGAAGAAGAACUCAAAGGACCACCAACAGAUACCCUUUCGUCUGUGGAGAUGAAUCACUAUGCGACGAACGAGAUGCCUAUACACUGGAAUGGUGAAAUAUCAGAAGCGAGUCUUAUAUAAAGGGAAAAUUAAAUGCGGCAUCAAAGCCCGCAUUUUGUUUUCUUCUGAUAUCUACAUAUUUUUUUUUGGAACUAUUUUUGCAAAUAUAUUCUCUAUUUUGCACUUAUUUACAAUGACAUACUACCGAAUUUAUUUACUUGAAUUAAAAUCUUGCGACUAAUACUU